UCAAAGGCAUGAGUUAUGAGAAGUUUUACUAUUCUCUCUUCUCUUGUCCGUUUCCCACAACGCGUUUGAUUCUUCAUAUCAACACUUGAAACUCUGAAUUCGUUAUCUUCACACAUAGUGCUGGUGUUUCUGGGUCUCUCUCUUCCUCGUCCUCACAUUUCCUUCACUUUUUGGGACAAUUUCUUUCGCUUCUUCUUCUUCAUUCUUUUCUUAUUAAUUACAGAGUUUGUCAGCUUCUAAAUCAGAUGAGAGAGAUAGAGAGAAUAUAAAUAUAAGGUGGAUCACCCAACCAAUGGGUCUACAGCUGUCCCAGACAGACAUGAUGAAAUCUUAGUUUACUUUAGUUGUCCAUUUGAGCUAAGCAUCAUCCAUUUAAUAAAAUUGCGACGUGGUGUGAGGACCAGCAGUAUAAUUUUCCUUCUGCAAGUUGCGGUUGUGGAUGAGUUGCUGAGAUGUUCACACAUUUUCUGUCCUUUUCUGUUUGGUUCCAAUAAGGAUCUUUCUCCUCCUCUUUCCGUAUUCUUACCAUAGCCUCAUAUUUAAAUAUUAACUGCCAAUAGGGGCCAAAUUUAUGUUAGUGACUGAUUCCAUAUUUAAGAGCUUGUGCUUCUAAAGUCCAGCAUAACACGCUAGUGUCUUUCUGGGUUCUGUUGUGAUCUUUUGACCUCAAACAAUGAAGGCAAGGAGAGGAAAACGCUCUGAGGCAUUCUGGCCUUCCAUUGUGAUGAAGAAAUGGUUAAACAUCAAGCCCAAGGUGAAUGACUUCAGUGAAGAUGAAGUGGACACUGAAACCGAGAGUGAAGAUGAUGCUUGCUCUCUUAGAGGCUCAAGAAUGCGUGAAGAUAAACCACCCCUUAGAACACAAGAGAUUCCUUCCAAAUUCUCAAGUCAAAGAUCAGAUGCAUCUAGUAAGGGCCAGAAGGCAAGACACAGAAGAGGAAAAUCUGAAACUCUGCGAGCUCAGUACAUAAACACAAAGGAAGUGAGGGUAACAAUUGGUACAUGGAAUGUUGCUGGAAGACAUCCCUCUCAGGAUCUUGAAAUUGAUGACUGGCUCUGUACUGAAGACCCAGCUGAUAUUUACAUUCUUGGUUUUCAGGAGGUAGUUCCACUGAAUGCCGGAAAUGUGCUAGGAGCAGAAGAUAAUACACCCAUUCAAAAAUGGGAGGCAAUCAUUAGAAGAUCUUUAAACAAAUCUUCUGAGCCUGACAGUAAACACAAAAGCUACAGUGCCCCUCCUUCUCCAGUGUUAAGAACUUCUUCUGCAGCUGAUCUCCUAGCAGAUACUAUAGACGUUGAUAAUCCAAUUCCAAUAGAUAUGAUGAUUGAGGAAUUGGUAGGAACAGUAGAACAUGACGAGGUGAAACAGCAAGAAGUGAAGAGCAUAAUUGAAAUAGAGAAUAACUUACAGUUGAGGAGAAUAUAUGGCAUUGAUAUUGACUGGCCUGAACGCUCAUUAGAUGCGAUCCCCCAAAUUGUUGAUUCCAACUCAAAGUUGCGGAGAGUACUAAGCAGUUCAGCCAGAAUUGGCUUUAACAGGACUGAAAGUACUUUGAAAUAUACUGUUGGAUUGAAACGUUCACACCACAGUUCUGGAAACUUGGGCCUGCUGUGGGAAGAACAGCAAGUGAUACCUGAAGUGGUUGAUUCUGUCUCUGAUUUGUUAUCAGCUGAGGGUGAUGAUGCUUUCAUUGAAAUGGUGAACACGGAAGAUGAUAAUGAACUAGGUACCAUGAAAUCUUGUGGAAAUCCAAGGUAUGUCAGGAUUGUGAGCAAGCAAAUGGUAGGGAUAUAUGUAUCUGUUUGGGUUCAGAGAAGGUUGAGAAGGCACAUUAAUAAUUUGAAAGUUUCCCCAGUUGGAGUUGGUCUUAUGGGCUACAUGGGAAACAAGGGAUCAGUUUCGAUUAGUAUGUCUCUCUUCCAGUCACGUCUGUGCUUUGUUUGUUCCCAUUUGACUUCUGGUCAGAAGGAAGGAGCUGAACAUAGGAGAAACUCUGAUGUUCAUGAAAUUCUGAGACGCACUUGCUUCUCACCUGCCUUUGAUGCAGAUCAACCACAAACAAUCCCAUCUCACGACCAGAUUUUCUGGUUCGGGGAUUUGAACUAUCGUAUCAAUAUGUUGGAUGCUGAGGUUAGAAAAUUGGUGGCUCUAAAGAAGUGGAAUGAAUUGAUGAAUUAUGACCAGCUAAGCAAAGAAUUGCGUAUUGGGCGUGUGUUUGAUGGAUGGAAAGAGGGGUCGAUAAACUUCCCACCCACUUACAAGUAUGAAAUUAACUCUGAUAGAUAUGUUGGUCAGAGCCCAAAAGAAGGUGAAAAAAGAAGAUCUCCAGCAUGGUGUGAUCGUAUAUUAUGGCUAGGAAAAGGAAUAAAACAACUACAAUAUGGCCGUGCAGAAAUUAACCUCUCAGAUCAUAGACCAGUUAGUUCAGCCUUCUUGGUUGAAGUUGAAGUGUUUGAUCAUCGCAAGCUAAAAAGAGCUCUAAAUUUCACUAGUGCAGCAGUGCACCCAGAGAUCUUCCUUGAUGAAGAUGGAGAAAUAUAAUCAUAUUAGAAAUUCAUUGAAUUCAACUACAGUCGUAUUAAAUUCUGUGUGUUAGGAGCACUCUUCUCAAGUUAGCUCAGAAAGAAGAAUCCAUUGAGAUUAACUGUGAUAUCAAUCAUUUUGCCAAUCUAAAUUGCAUAGGAAGCCAUUGAGAUAGCUAUAACAGUAAACUGUAUAUACUGAUACAAAAAGAUGAUUUUGGAACCUUUUUUUCAUCCCUAGUAAACAGUCAUUAUUUGAUUUUAGCCUCAUCAGUUGUGUUGUGUUCCAUUAUUUUAUAUUUUUGGACAAUAAACAUGGGAUGGUGAUUUUUUAACAGUGCACAAGUUCUGUAUAACCUAGCAUUGAACUUCAAGCAUUAACGGGAAAGAGCCUUGGAUGGUUUUGGUGUGAUUGUUGCUAAUUAAAUUUUACCACUUUGCUUU